CUGCAGGCUUCACAAAGUGCUUCGAAACUCGUCCAGAACCAGAGGCAGUGAACACAGACUCGAUGAACCCUUGUCGGCCAUGCAGAGGCAAACGACCGAGCUCAUUGUGACCCUCGUGUUUGUGCCUCUCUGUGUGCUGGCCUGGCAUUCUGUGUGGACGUGGCGGUGUUGUCUACACCGGUGGUGGUGAUGGUGAUAGCGAUGGUGAAUGUGCGGGACUGUGGUGGUGAUGAUGAUGGUAUUUGCGGUUACAGCAUCUAGGAAUCGUGGUGGUGAUGGUGGUUGUUAUGGUGGUGCGGCGUUGAUGCUGGUAACAGUGGUGGGGAUCCCGGCACACAGCCAGCAGGCAUCGGCAGCAUCCUUCCGCCUGGUCACCGCUUACACGUUAAACCGAACUGAUGACUCCACUCAAACAUUUCUCAGAGUGGGGACCUCUCCCUCCACCCGGUCCCUUACCUUGGCUCUGCAGACUGACCUGACUAACUGUGGAUGCAAUGUCACCGGGAAUUACUCAGGUCGCGUCCUCCAGGUGACAGGUGGCUACACAGGUGAUGCGCUCAAAGUCGUGGCGCAGAGGUACCAGCAUGUGGGGGGCGUUGGAUCAGCUGAGGAGUUGGUGAGCGUAGCGUGGCACCCCGAGGAAGAGAUGCUGUUCAUGGCGGCUCCCAGGACCACCCUCAGCCUGGCCAGCGGGCAUGAGGGCCAGGCGGGGCAGUGGUGGCGGCUGUGGUUGAGAGGCGGUGAGGAAGAGCGCGGCAAGGCCUCCAGUGGUGACCCCGCGCCGCCUCAGCUUGACCAAGAGCGAGACGCAGCCGGAACCGAGGCAGGACGGGGCGUGGUGGUGCGCACUCAGUUCUCUGAAUCCAUCUUUGGCGUAUCUGUGGACUCGCUGAUGCCGGGGAAGCGUCGGCGUCUCCUGAACCUCACCGUCACGCCACACACUGGAAAACACUGGCAGGUGAGCCUACAUGUGCCAAUUAUCUCUACAGCCCUCGAGUGGGAGACGAAGCUCUGGAAAAAUCAGGGCAAGCAACAUUGGGAAGUUAAUGGGGAAGUCAAGUCUACCAAAUCUGACAUAUCGUUAGAAUUCGUUCACUUCAAGCAGGAGAAGCAGGACGAGGAGACUCAGGUCACGGAUGACAGAGGUGAGGCUGGCAGGUGUGAUGCUGAAGGUUGUGGGGACGGCAAUGUCAAGGAGCCAAAAGCCAAGUCGCGGCACCACGUCGACAGUGAUUGCGACUCAGAUUUAAGAAAAGAACAGACAGUAGACCAGAAUGAAGUUUGUAGUGGUCGAGAUCAUAAAUCAGAAGACUUAAAGCAAAAUGAUCCUGAUUCCAUAAUGGUAAAUGUAGACGAAGAAUGUUCCAGGAAAGCGGAGUGUGAUGGACCGGAAGAGUCAGUGUCAAGUGACGCUGUUCAAGAGACUACACAAAAAUUAACUUCCCGGGUUUUCAGCCUUUCUUCCAACAUGAAAACUUACGUCUCAUCUGACGGAGGACGCUGGAUUCGGAUCCUGCAGCGCACACACCUGGCAUUCUGUCCUCACGUUGGCUGGAACUUGAACCAAAUAUUUCGGUUCAAUCGUGACUGGACUGGGUGGGAGUACGUGGUGAACACCUGGGAGUGGGGCAACAUGGUGGUGAAGGCGGAGUGGGGCGUCUCUCUCCUGCAGUGGUACCAGAAAACUUUCAGCUUCUCUUUCGACCAGGCGGCGGCGCUCCCCUCCACGCAGCUGGUCCUGGAUUUCCGUGACUGGUGGAGCUACAAGGUGUGGCUGAAGUGGCCGGUCCUCGCGUCCUCCCUCGCCGCUUCCCUCACGCUUGGUCGCGACAGUCACACACUGCUGGGUGAGUCAGACCGUGUGGGGGUGACGUGGGAAGUGAAGAAAGUGGACGAGUUUCUGGGUGAGGACGCCGGAAAGGUGGUGGCGCGGGUGGUAGCGCGACACACCCCUGCUGGCUUGGUGGUGACCUUCCACGCCGACACCGCCAGCAUGCAGGAGCUCCACGAUACCGUCACUGCCGUCCUUGCUCAGGCCAUGGAGAGCCCUGACCUGUGUGGCGAGGUGCCUGACCACGCCACGCUUCUGAAGUUCCUGCACGACUUCCUUGGACAGUCACCGGCGAGUCUCUGGGCGGAUCUGCUGCAGGAAGUCCGUCGCCUGCUGCUGGGGUCUGGCACCGAGGCAGACUUACAUCACCUGCUGGAAGUUUUCAGGGAGGAAAUGGGGACAGCAGAAGGCGUAGGAUUGUGGGAGGCAGUAUGGACGGUGCUGGAGCGGGCGGGGCUGCUGCGUUCCCGCGGCGAGGAGGUGGAGGUGGUGGUGCCCUCCGAGUGGAUUAGGCUGGCGCAGGGGUGGUUCACUUGGGCUGUCAUGGGAGGCGGCGGGCAGUGCGAAGGCAACACACUGAUGGUUAACCUGGUGGAUGCGCUGGCGGAGACCCUGAGGCGAAGUGGCAGCGGGCAAGCAACCUUUUGACCCACCAGUCAGACAAACUUUUAUGUUCGUUCUGAAGGCAAAUCAAAAGCAGGAAUUUGUUACCAAAACCAUAAAUAAAUGACGUCAUCGUACAUCUGGCAUCCAUUCGUGUAGCUGCUAUACAACACUAUAUUGUUUAUUUAUUUAUUUUUUUACUUUGUGUUGAUUAAUUGCUUGCUUAUUCUUAGAAAAUAUGUAGGCGAUAAUAUCAACAUAAAUUAUAUACAUGUAUUCAUUUCAUUGGGACUAUUCACUCCUGUUGCUACGUUCUCAUGUUCGUUUGUAUUGAAAAAUGUUCCCUUAAUUAUCAAUACACCCAACCAUCAAUAAUUAUUAUAGUAAUAUCAAAAUAAAAUGUUCAUUGUUAAAUACUGGAUCAAAAUAAAGCCAAUCAGGGACCUCGACACUUGCUUUACCAUUUACGUAAGAAAGAAAACCCCGUUGAAAAAGCAGAAUCAACUGGACUUCCGCGGGAAACUACAACAAUCAUCAUCAGUCCACUGCUAUUUCCUCCGCGUAAAAGCAAUGCAAGAUGUGCUACCUCGUUUUGGAGGUGUUUUCAGGACACAGGGAAGGAAGAUGAAACCUGACUAUCUUGCACCUCAAAGACUCAAAACAGACCACCACCACCACCACCACCACCACCACCACCACUACCUAACGCUGUGUCCAGGCUGGAAUGUGUGACCUCUCUGCCAGGAAUGUCACCGUCCUCUCACACUCUGACACCAAGUACCUCACAACAACACCUGCAAUACUACACCUCUGAGCCCCCCCGGAGCCGUUGGCUGCUCCGCACCCCAGUCAGGGAGGAGCCUCGGCCAGGCUGGCCUAUCACGUGGCGGCGGGCUUCCCUGCUCACGCUGUCAGCCAAUGGAGAAGCGAAGAGAGGCAGCUGGAGGAGGAAGAGGAGGAGGAAUACCUUUCCAGCAUGAUCUGUUUGUAAGUGUGGCUACUGCGAGGCGCUGCUGGCCUUCACACUCCAUCCCCUGCGCCCUCCUGUCAUUACAUCGCCUUUCCAGCGAAGGCAUUACUGCGAUGGUUAUGCGGCUUUUGAGGGGAGUAGCAGCCGCCCAUCGCUGGGAAGGACGCGCCUCACCCUGGCGGCCCUGCUCGGUCCCUUCCACGACUCGCAGCGAGAGAGAGAGGUCGAGGUGCGGUGGUCUCGUGGCGGAAGGCUGAAGGAGGCGGUGAAGGAGUGAAGGUGUGAAGUGUGCAGCUUCCACUUCAUCAUCCCAUGAACAGCCCACAGGAAUCUCUACCAGCACCUGGUUAUUAAACAGUGUUGUCACGCCAGGCCCAAUGUACUCCAUUGCAAUCAGGGAGUCAAGCUUCACCAGGAAAAGAGGCAGAGCGUCACCACCUUCAAGCCCCACAAGAGGUAUUAAGUAUCGUUGGGACAAAGCAAUCAGGGAAGAGUCAAGUUGCAGUAAGAAGAGUGUGUCAAGAAUUUCAAGCAGGAAGAACACGUAAAAUUCCCUUCAAGUCAUGGCGGGACCGACAGGCAACCUUCAACACUUGUGGAGGCACGAGAGCUGCAGGCAGUUUCACAAAGAAGAGGUUGCUCCUCACUCAAGUUGACGCAAGGACACAAGAAUUGGCAAGUGUUGUUGCUCCCAGGCCCUGCUGCAAGAGUUCUCCAGUCCACUCCAGUCUGGGAAGGAAGAAUGUAGCAAGUCCCUCUCUUCUGUACUCAACAACCACCACCACCACCUUCAUUCAGGCUUGGGAUAAGUUUUGUACAUUCCAGCACUUCAGUAAUAAGGAAAAAAAGUGCCAUGUUUAUAUUAUUGUUGUGUAUUUAUUCACUUAACAUUCACAUUAAAACAAUAAACAUUCAGUAUACCAUCUUGAACAUAA